AUGUUUUCAAGUAUUUGGAGUAAACGAGGGAGUGGGGGCGGAGACUCUUCAAGCGCAAGUGAAUCGCACCAGCCGCUAUUCUUUACUGUGCCUAGCAUAGUUGGCGAAGAGGAUCUGGAGGAGUCGAUCUCGUUGCAUGGCGGUAGAGUGGUGUAUAGCGAAUAUGAAGACGACGGGGAAGAGGCUGAGCCUGAUGAGGAGUUUUGGAACGAGCUGUCGGGUAGGCCUUCAAGCUCUAAACAGGCUCCUGCAGAUAUAUAUCUAGAUAUCCCGACGAUGCAUUCAGCCAGGCGGUCUAGGGAUUCGCUAUCUGAAGGAUUGCUUCCGUCUAAUGCUAUACCUCCAGCUCUAACGUCGAACGUAGGACUGCGUAAAUACAAAGACGUUCCAUUCGCCGGACUUUACCUCUUUCUCCUGCUGAUCAUGUUUCUCACUGGAGUAAUUCUAUUUUUCACCACGACAAGUUCGCGUUUGGAAGGAUAUACUCAUGGAGCUGUAUUUCUUGCUAUAAAUGGUUGUGCAGGAUCGAUUGCAUUCUCUAUUGUGUUUACAUUUGUCGCUGCCGUAGUGUGGAUAUACUUCAUGCGAUCAUGUGUUAAGGUAUUAGUCUGGAGUACUCUCACAGUAGUCCCGGUAGUUACAGCAAUAAUGUUUAUCUGGGUAAUAAGAGCAUCGUCCACCGGAAAACUUCGAGAUUCUGGCGAUCCCGAUCCACAAGACGACAGUCUUCGCAUCCUCUCAUUGGCUCCUCUUGGAAUAUGCGCGAUUUAUGCGUCGUUGCUUUAUUGGCAAAAAAGAAGAGUAGAGAAGGCGGUUACUGUUAUUGAGUUGGCAUCCGAAAUUCUUCGUGAUAAUCCGGAGAUGUUGAAAGUAUCUUUGUUAAUCCUCGGAGCAUAUAUUGCAUUUAGUGUAAUAUGGCUCAUAUUCUUCAGUCGUUUAUUUUUGGUUGGUCACAUGAUAUUUAAUAAUGGGGAUGGCAUAUGGGUGAUGGAUACGUCAGCACAUUUAUUGAUAGGAUUUUUCCUUUUCAUGUAUUUAUGGACAUCGGCCGUGCUUGGAAAUAUUCAAAGACAUGAACCAGAGAACUUCAAAGAACAAAGUCCAACUCAGAUAGCAUUGUCUCACGCAUUAACUACGUCAUUUGGCACAGUCUGUUUUGGUGGAUUAAUAUUAUCAUCUGUACAAGCGUUAGCUUACAUCACCAGAUUCCUUAAGAAGAAACUUAAGGGCAAACUGAAUCCAAUAUUUUAUUGCAUAUACAUAUUCAUGCAAUGUCUCGAUGGCGUAGUAGACAGCAUAAAUAACUAUUCAAUUGUAUAUGUUGGAAUAUUUGGAAUGAGUUUCUGUUCUGCUGCAUUGGAAGCAACAAAAAUAUUUCGAAGAAAUCUUAUUACUGGAUUGAAGACAGGUCUUAUUACGAAAAUGAUUCUAUAUAUUGGAUCAGUGAUACUCGCUCUCACAUGUGGAUUCGCUACAUUUAUAUUUGCAACGCAUUCACUUGAAUCUCCGUAUGGAUAUGUCUCUGGUAUAAUUGCAUCGCUUAUUCCAUUCUACAUAUCUCAAUUUAUAACAAGUAUUAUGAUGAAUACUAUCGAUGCAACAUUUUUCUGCUAUGCAAUCGAUUUGGAUGUUAAUAUGAAUCACUGUAAUAAGGCUCACGAAGCAUUUAGCUGA